UAAUUGGAAUUAUUAUAAUCUAUUUAGUAAUGGAAUUGUGCUCUCCAAAGUUAGAAUUACUGAUUUUAUAUAGCAUUAAUUUGCCUUUGAACCUUUGUUUCUGAAGUUGUCUAAAUUAUGCCACAUGGUUAUAUUAUUAUAUCCUGGUAUAUCCAUGAGAAUAUGGUGAUAGACGCAUCCACACUAUGUCAUCCCAAUGAAGAUUUCAUUUAUAAUUGAGAACAGAGGGGAAAUGAAUGCUGCGUACACUGACUUUCCGAUGGGUUUCACUGUAUGUGCACUGGAUGUCUUGUGCUGAUGAUGUCAUGAUGUCAUAUUUCUCACCACGGCCACCUUAUAAUCUUCAUAAAAGCAUUCCCUUUAUGUUUUUGGCUGUUUUGUAUCAUCGUCUGCUUAGUGAGGUACCAUCCCUCCACACCAAGUGUGUGAGCUGUAGCGUCUGCAAGUUCCAGUUCCAGGUUCAUGCCAUUCAGACGCUGUGCUUGUCUAGAUACGUCCAGGAAGGAGGGGACUAUGGUUGCAGCUGAGGUGAUGUCCUCAUCGCGGUUGCGAAACAGCUUCUGGUCAGGAUUCUGCAAUCCCAGCGCCGCCUUUGAGAGAGCAGUAUCGUCAGAAACUGCCAGGAAGCUUUACUAAAUGGAGGAGGAGCUCUGAGACUGUUCAUCGACUCCACUAUUAGCAAAAAGAUGCUGGAGGGGGUUUGGUAAUCUUUUGUAAAAUCCAUCUAUGUUAUACCAUAGAUCCUGGUUUGAAGCUAAUACCCCAAACCAAAUAGUUCUAGGCUUCCAGCUAACUGAUGGAUUUAGAUUUCAGACAACAUGGAGCACAGUAGAAAAGCUAACCCAAGAAAUCUGAGCUUUCAUUUAAGACCCUGAAAAGCUUCUUGAAAUGUGCUCGUCAGUAGUCAUCUUUCUGCCAUUGCAGUGCUGAAGUAUCUUUCAUCAUAUCUUGGUUUUGCUAAACGUGGAACAUUUCUUGAACUGUUGUGUGACCCUUAUGUCAUUGCACUCUGGUUGAAACCUGGUUCUGAAAUUCAGUAGUCAGCCACUCAGACCUCCUUUCCAUGAGUAGGUUUAGGGCUGUGUAAGGGUGUCCCUUACACACUGGGUCUUGGGGUCAAGUAUAUUCUGUUUAGAAGCCAGUGGAAACGAUACCAAACGAUUCCUGACUGGAUCCACGUGCUCUCUGUUUGUCCUUCAAGUUGUCCAGAACAAUUUAAUGUAUAGCUUUGUGGUUUAGUAAUGCGGGUAGUAUUGUUGACUCAUUGGGAGCUAUGAAGCGAGCUGAAAAUCACAAGAUUUACAAAUGUAACCAUCUUGUUUAUUACUUGUACAUUUGUAAAUCAUUUUGAGACUGAGUCACUUAUGGUAUUAUGUUCCCAGAAUAACGGCUUUCUGUUCCUGUUGCCUGCCCUCUCUUUUUCCUCAGUAAUUGUCCAGUAACAGAUCAUUACAGUGUGUUAAGUGUCUCUCUUCCUUCCACAUUAGCUCAGUGCCAUAAAUGGGUUUGAAUUGAGGUAGUUGGAGUUUUUAUAUCUGUGCGGAAUGAGAGCUAACAUUCAGAUCAAAAGAAGUUUGGACUUGAGAUGGACUGUGACUUACUCAUUCUUGGCUGUUUCAUCUCUUUCAUGAGUAACAGAUUGCUUUCCUAAGAUUCACUGUGUCUUUUUGCCAUAAGGUCAUAUGGUGUGGACACACGGCGUGAAUGAUUGUCUCCAUCCUGUUGAGGGGGAAGAUAGAUUUGCUUUUCUGUGUCUGUAGGGUUGUUGGUGUGUGUAUAUGGUAAGGCUUUAUGGUUUUCUGCAGACAGUGUGGGGGGACGGGGGAAGGAAGAAAACACAUCCCACACAAGCCUUCAGGCGCACAGUACUCAAUGAAGGCCACGCCCCCAGCCCAGCAGGUUAUAUAUACAUGGGCUGCCUAACAUGACUAAGUGGAAACAUUGUCAAGGGAAGUGAGAAAACAAGGAACCAGAGAAGAGUGGAGUUGUUCUUGAGGGAGAGCUUUGAGAAAGCAUGCUUUUGGAGGUCCUGCAGCCCUCCAGCAGUUUUGAGGAAGACUCGUUCAGCCUGGGUAGCCGGCCAUGCCUCACGGCGGAGGACGUGGAUGGCUGUGCUCUGCCAGAGGCCCUUCACCGGCCCUUCACCUUGGACUCUGCAGCGCUGACCGAAGCCGUGCGCUGGAGCUCCAAGGAGAACCUGCUGGGCGCUGCCGAGAGCGACCCCAACCUCUUUGUUGCGCUUUACGACUUUGUUGCCAGUGGCGAUAACACGCUGAGCAUCACGAAAGGCGAGAAACUGCGAGUGCUGGGCUACAACCAGAACGGUGAAUGGAGCGAGGUGCGCUCCAAGAAUGGCCAAGGCUGGGUGCCCAGCAACUACAUCACGCCCGUCAACAGCCUGGAGAAGCACAGCUGGUACCACGGGCCCGUGUCGCGCAACGCCGCCGAGUACCUGCUGAGCAGCCUUAUCAACGGCAGCUUCCUGGUACGCGAGAGUGAGAGUAGCCCGGGCCAGCUAUCCAUCUCGCUACGCUACGAGGGCCGCGUCUACCACUACCGCAUCAACACCGCAUCUGACGGAAAGGUGUAUGUCACGUCGGAAAGCCGCUUCAGCACGCUGGCCGAGCUGGUGCACCACCACUCCACGGUGGCGGACGGCCUGGUGACCACGCUGCACUAUCCUGCGCCCAAGUGCAACAAGCCCACCGUGUAUGGCGUCUCGCCCAUCCAUGACAAGUGGGAGAUGGAGCGCACCGACAUCACCAUGAAGCACAAGCUAGGCGGCGGCCAGUACGGCGAGGUCUACGUCGGCGUCUGGAAAAAGUACAACCUCACAGUGGCCGUCAAGACACUCAAGGAGGACACCAUGGAAGUGGAGGAGUUCCUAAAAGAAGCCGCUGUGAUGAAGGAGGUGAAACACCCGAACUUGGUGCAGCUGCUUGGCGUUUGCACCCUGGAGCCUCCAUUCUACAUAGUGACAGAGUACAUGCCCCAUGGAAACCUGCUGGACUACCUGCGCGAGUGUGACCGUGAGGAGGUCAAUGCUGUGGUGCUGCUCUACAUGGCCACCCAGAUCUCCUCGGCCAUGGAGUACUUAGAGAAGAAGAACUUCAUCCACAGAGAUCUGGCAGCCAGGAACUGUCUCGUGGGUGAGAACCACGUGGUGAAGGUGGCAGACUUUGGGCUGAGCCGCCUGAUGACUGGAGACACCUACACAGCCCACGCUGGAGCCAAGUUCCCCAUCAAGUGGACGGCCCCCGAGAGCCUGGCAUACAACACCUUCUCCAUUAAGUCUGAUGUCUGGGCCUUCGGAGUCCUGCUGUGGGAGAUCGCCACCUACGGCAUGUCUCCCUACCCGGGCAUCGACCUGUCCCAGGUAUACGACCUCCUGGAGAAGGGCUACCGUAUGGAACAGCCAGAGGGGUGCCCACCCAAAGUCUACGAGCUGAUGAGAGCCUGCUGGCAGUGGAGUCCAAUGGAUCGUCCCUCAUUUGCUGAGGCCCACCAGGCUUUUGAGACGAUGUUUCACGACUCCAGUAUCUCUGAAGAGGUGGCGGAGGAGCUGGGUAAGACCGCUUCUUCCUGCCCCCCGGGAAUAGCACACCGGUUUGACGCCGAUCCUUCCUCCAACUCUCGCACGCUGAAGAAGCGCACGGAGAACAAGGAGAACCUGGAGGGCGGGCUGGACAGCAAACCCGCCCCCCCUGGCCCCUCAGGGCUGACGAGCAGCCGGGCACUGGGGGACGGCGGGGGGGGCUCACCCGCCGUGCCAAGGAAACAGCGGGACAAGUAUCCUGCCGGCUUUGUGGAAGACCCCCAGGAGGCCACCUUCAGCCGGGAUCGCCGGGCCGGCUUCUUCAGCUCCUUCAUGAAGAAGAAGUCGUCGUCAACCUCCUCCUCUUCCUCCUCUUCGUCUCCAUCCCCACAGCCUCCGCAGAGCCUGCCUGCCCCCCCGAAAAGGAGCAGCUCCUUUCGAGAGAUGGAGAACCAGCCUCACAAGAAGUACGAACCCGCGGCUUGCGUCAGUGGCCCGCUAGGCGAUGAUGCCAACUUCUCGCCGUCUCACGGGGACGGAGGCCGCAUUCACUCACGCUGCUGCGGGGCCAGUUUUGGCCAAAGGGCUUCUCCCAGCUCCACAACAGGGGCAUCUGGAACCACUUCUGCCCCUGUGGGUAGUAGCUGGAGCAGCCUGGCAGGGUUUUUCACUCCCCGGCUAAUCAAAAAGACUUUGGGCCUGCGGACUGGGAGGCCCUCUGGGGCAGACGACGGACACAGUGCGGGCAAGCCUUUCCCCAGAUCGAACUCCACCUCGUCCAUGUCAGCUGUGCUUCCUGACCUGGAGCGAGCGACGCUGACCCUCCCCCGCAACCGAAGCAAGCCCCCGCUGGAGCGCACCAUCUCUACCACGUCCCAGCCAGAGAGCGUGGCCACGUUCCCCUCUGAGCCAGUCAUCCGUAAGGUGGACGAGGGUACCGCUCAGAUCCGCGACCGACCCAAAGCCAAGCUGUUGCCCCGGGCCGUGGCCACGGCACCAAGGGUGCCUGGCGUUGGGGGCGAGGCCACUUCUGAGUCUCACCUGUGGGGCAAGGAAGGUGCAGAGGGGCCGGAGAGAGCAGGAUGGCCAUCUUCUGGCAAGCCAGCAGGUCCAGGCCCCAUGGCCACCCCCCACAACCACAAAGUGCCAGUGCUGAUUUCACCCACAUUGAAGCACGGCCCCGCAGACGUGCACCUAGUGGCUGUUGAUUCUCAGGGGAACCGAUUUAAGCUUCUGUCAGAGCAGGCUGACCGGGACCGGCCCCGGGCGCUCAAGCCACGGUGCGCCCCGCCGCCACCACCCCCACCUGGCCUGCGCCUCCUGCACCACCCAUCCUCCCGGAACGCCGGGGAUGGGGCGGCAGAGCCGGCAACUGGCAGCGGCACGGACAUCAAUGGGGAUGUGCCAAAGAAGCCGGGAAGAGCAGUGGGUUUGGGGGGCGGGAGGCCACCGGUACAGCCACCACAAGUGCCCCCACUGCCCUCUGUGUCACCCCUGCCAGCCAGUAGCACUCCGGCAAAGAUGGCAAAUGGCACAGCCCCCAGUGGCAUCUCUUCCUCCUCCUCCUCUUCCUCCACCUGCUCAUCUCCCUCCUCACUCCCUACCGGCAGCUCUAAGGUGACCCUGCGGCAAACUCGGAGGCAGCCGGACAGGGCGGCGCUGGACAAGGCCGGCAGAGAGCUUGCGGUGGAGAAAGUGAGCAAGGAGGCACUGCUGGAGUGUGCGGACUGCCUAAGCAGCGCCCUCCUCAGCAGCGCCGAGCCCUCCUCCAGCAGCCAGGUCCUGGAUGCCGGCCACCAGCUGCUGAACUACUGCUCGGGCUACGUGGACUGUAUCCCACAGACGCGCAACAAGUUUGCCUUCAGGGAGGCGGUGGGCAAGCUGGAACUUGGCCUGCAGGAGCUGCGGGCGUCAUCCGGGGGCGGCGCGGCCGCUGCCUCGGGACCUGGCUCAGCUUUGGACAAUCUGCACAACUGCAUUAAGGAGAUCAGUGACGUGGUGAAGAGGUAGCCGCUACGGCCCCCCCUGUGCCGCACCCCCAUACUUUGCAUUGACGGUAUGGGACACGGCAGAGAACCUCAGUACCUCACUACAAAUAGUAUUUUAUAUGGUUUGCUUUGUGUCAUUGGGGGGGGGGUGGUAAUGUUAUUUUCCCACAAGAACAUUCAUUUAUUAAACACUAAAGACUAUAUACCAAUCCAGGACUGGUUAUCCACUCUUCCCAGUAUAGCUUUUGUUCAGCACCCAUUUUCUUUCUUCCCCCCCCAAACCUGUGUAAAUCCUAUGAAUAAGACGACCUGCCAAACUGGAAAAGUUUUCAAGGAGCUUCCUGUCCCAUGGCUGAAAGACAUCACAGGUGCUGAGGAUGAGAGUUUGUCCUGCUUUUGGUUUGAUAUAAAGUGCUAUGGCCAACCUGUACUUAUGCAACCAGACUCCCCACUUUGCAACCUGCAGGUACAGGAAACCAAUGCCUGUUAACCCCAUUUCAAGUAUCCAUUCUCUGGUUUUUGUGUAACUUGGGUUGUACCUGUUAGUGAAGUCCUAACUGUGCUCUGCCCUCCCUCUUACCAAGCUCCGCCUAUAUAAUUCACACCGCCCUUGACAAUCCCACCUAUCAUCUCACCCCGAGGUACCUGACCAUGCCCAUCUCGCCCCGCCCCAAUCCCGAACAUCAGCCAGUUUUCUUUCCGAAACUAGGCGCCUUCGCUGUGUGGCACGCAUCGUUGCUCUCAUGGUCCCGUCUUUAUAUAUGAUUUCUUUUGUUUUUUUUUGUUUUGUUUUUUUUUUUUUUUUAAGUAAAAACUGCUGCAUACUUCCAAAAAUCCUUACUAAAUCCGGCGUGCAAUGUGCGAUGUUUGGGCUCAUAAAUAAAUGACCAGGAACAAUUCUGGCCAUUCUGUUCAGGCCAUCUUUCAGUGUCUGUUAUUGCAGAUACUCUGAAAUAAAGGUCCUUGAAACCACAGUAGUUUAUAAAAAAGCUUGAGUAAUGUGCUAGCAAGAUAUAUAUUGGAUGUGUUGGUUGAACACUAGAAUGUCUCCAUUUAUUAACUUGAAUUUUGAAAUUUAUUGUUGUAUCUAUUGAACUUGAAUUUUUUUGGAAGCACAAGAGAGUGUCUAAUUUAUUUAAAGAUCUAUAAAAUGUCAUGCAGUAUUCAAUAUCCGCAAAAAUACAAAAAUGCCUAGCCUGCUUUCUUGAAACGUAUCUGUACGAAAGUGCAAUACUGCUAAGUUAGCGUAAGUGCUAAUUUGUAAAACACCACAGCCUCAAGAAGCAGUUUCCAUUGCAAUUUUAUUUCCGGUGAAUGUAUGUAUUUGUUUGCGAAUGCUGACAUUAAAGCACAAUGUGUUGAAGAUGUGAAUUGAGGAGACUUGCUACAUGGAGCUUUGCUGUCCUCUUAUUUCUGCAUCUCGCUGUCUUUAAGGGCACAUUUCCUUUACAGAUUUUGCCUUAGAUUUGGUUACAGACUUAUGUCAUUUUUAUUGUAUUUUUGAGAGCUGUUAGAUGUGACUGAAAAUUGUGGUUUCGGUGUAUAUCUUAAAUGGUCUAGAAGAAUUUUAAAAUAUGAUGGUUUUUGUUAAGAUUUAAAGAAAUGUCAGCUUUGAGGGCAGCUCAAUCUAUUUUCGUUUCUUGGCUAUGAGUGGCGUUUAACAUGCAGUGUCUGUAACAUCGGCUUCAGUUAAAUCCAGCAAAGUCUCAGAAAAACCUUUACAAAUAUACCUUUGCAGAAGCAGCAUUGCUGCAAAUAUGGCAGCCUAACUGAACGCAGCCACAUGUGGCAUACAUAUGCGGUGAAGGUUUCUCUCAGUUUCGUUUACUAUAUGAGGAAAUGUUUCAUGAGGAAAAAUAAGACAUUGAUGUGCGUUCACAUUUAACCAAAACGACUGAAGAGUAACAAAAAAAUCUAAAUUAUAGGCCUACAUUUAUCCGCUCCUCUUCGUUAACACCCAUAUUAAUGUGCCUACUCUAAAAAAAAUAACACUUUAUAUUAUUCAGCUUCUACUAACUUUGCUUACAUAUGCAAUUGCCUUAUAAGAAGCUGUGAAGAGAAUUAGUAAAAAAUAAUACAUGCUGCGGUAUGUUCCUUUGGUUUCUGCAUAUAAAAAUAUUUUGCACCUCUUGACAAAUACAGAAUCCUAUCUUCCUGACCUAAGCGAUUUACACUGGAACAAGUUGUGAAAAUUGGUGAUUUAUUUAUUUUUCCCUUCCAGUUUUUCCAUAUUUGAAGCUCUUCUCACACGUCUCAUGAAGUUCAGUUAGGAACAAAUUUCAUUUGCCGGAUUUAUUUACAUUACUGUGAAAUUGCACUGUUGUCGUUCCUGUUUACAUGUGGAGUACCAAGCCAAUUUUGUCUGUUCGAUAAUUUGGCUAAGCGACACUUGCAUAAAGUUUUCACUUUUGUUUUCACAGUGGGAUUCAGUUUAAAAAUCUUUCAUCCUUGAUACCAGAAACCAUGUUGCCCAAUAAUUCAUUUGUGCCUUUUAUGGUGGAUUUUUAAUGUAUUGUGCACUACAAAGUCAAAGCGAAAUACACUAACUUUUUUUUUUUAAACAUAUUUUUUUCCGCUGAUGGUUUUACGUUUUCCAAUUACUGGAAUGUAUUUUUGUUGACAGGUAAAUUGUUGGUCUGUACAAUUUGUAUUGGUGGUCAAAGCUUCAUAUUGAGCAUUGUUCUACAGCUAUGGUCCAUCUGCCAUAAUUAUUACCGUACAAAUGCAAGGUCAUUUAACACUCAGUUUGCCAUUACUAUAAUUAUUUGUGUACUAAAUAUAACACCAUCUUAAUAAUUGAUUUGUCUUUUGUCUGGUAGUUCUGUUAACUCUGUUAACACAGAAACACUUCUUCCUACAGUAAAUGAACUGGUAUAAGUAUUGGUCAGUAUUUUCUCUGAAUUUUACCAUUUUAGACCCAUCAAAUGCUCCCUAAAUGCACCCCUACCCCACCCCUAUGUUCAUACACAUGGCCCUGGUCAGUUAUUGUUUUAUACGUUGUAAUGUAGAUUGCCAGGUUGCAGACCCUCCUUCUCCUGAAGUAUUGUUUAACUCCAUGUUUCCUGACCUGCAGACAGUCCACGUUUUUGUUCCCUCCCAGCUCCCUACCAAAAAUGUGGAGCUUGGAGGGAGCAAAGACAUGGACCACCUGCAGAUCCCCAAGGACUGGGUUGGGAAACACUUGUUUAACUAAUGCUUUGUUCAUUUUAAUCCAUACAGUUUUCCAUUUGUAUAUACAGGGGUGUCACAUUAUUACUGGAGAUAUGUUCUUCGUGUUUGUGAUAUAGAUCUGUAAGUUUAUUUAUUUUGUUUUUAUUUAUUUUUAAUUUUGAAGCUGGAAAGGGCAUCCUUGUAACACUAUGUCAUUAUUGUUUGUUUUUAAGCAUUGUUGAUUUUCAUGAUCAGAGUUAAUACCAAAGGCCACUUCAGUUUUACUAGUGCAAUCAAAAAAUAACACAUAAUGUAAAUAUACAACUUUUAACAGGGAUUUAUAAUAUCAGAUGUUAACUGAUUAACAUUACCUGUAUUUUCUUUUUUAAUGUAAUAUAUUUUGUGUGUUUCUAAUUUAAAUCUUACAUGGGAUACUGUAUUACUGUGAAGUUCUCUCAGUGUUAAACUUGGUGUAAAUAAUGCAUAAAUAAAAAUUAAACAAACUUUUUUUUCCUUUGUCUAA